AUGGAUGCGGAGAAGCCUCUUUUAACUGACAUGCCUGUGAUGGAGAUCUCUCUUGAAGCCGGCACAAACCCUGAAGUCGAUGUCUUGGCGACACCUACAAUAGCAGGAUUUCCCGGAUCAAAGGCUGCAUGUGAACCUUCAUCUACCGGUUCUGGACCAGUAACAUUCAUAUUUGAGAAAGUAUGUUUGUUUCUCCCGGCGGUGGAAAAGUCACGAGAGGUAAAAAUUGUGGAGGAAGUCGUGAAAACUGAUAAACCUUUCAAAGAAGAGGGAACUCCAAGUAGUGAAAAAGAGAUAGAAAUAGUUGAAGAGAAGAAAGAAGAGGUUAAACCGACAUUUGUUCCUGUCCCCGCUGCUGCCGAGGAGAAGAAGCCAGCCGUGGAAGAGGAGAAGAAGGCGGUGGUGGAAGAGAAGAAGCCAUCCACGGUAGAGGAGAAGAAGCCAGCCGUGGAAGAGAAGAAGCUAGUCGUGGAAGAGGAGAAGAAGCCAGCCGUGGAAGAGAAGAAGCCAAUGGAGGAGGUCAAAAAAGAAGUUGUUGCCCCAGUGCAAGUAGCUGAAACUCCAUCCACUAAGGUCACAGAGGCUCCAGUGGUUGUAACUCCGGCCAAGGCUCCAGAAACUACUGCGGCUGCGACACAAAAAGCUUGAAUUUUUUCAUUAUACAUUUCUUUAGAAAAUAUUGCUCGUCUUUGUGUCGAUGAUCUAUUUUGUUUGUUUUAUAUAUUUAUUAUCCAUGUAAUUUUCCUAUACAUUAAUUUGUUUGCUUGAAUUAUCCAUUUUAUGAUCACAUUCUUAUCUUUCUAGCAACGUUCUUUAAACUUUUUAUUCAUUUUAAAUUCAGUUUCAGAAACUAAAAAUCAAAAUUUAAAUUUAAUUUUAGAUUCUUGUUUUUAGUUUUCAUUUAUUAAUUCACAUGAUCUGAGUAAAACUCUGAAUGUGUGUUAAGGAGUUUAAUCCAAUGACUCAACUCACCCCAAUUCAAACCAUACCAAAAAUCGCAAAUUUAAUCCAACAUAAUAUAAACUAGAUUUUAACAUGCACGUUCGUGUGAAUAUUUUUUCAUUUUAUAAAUGCAUCUAUACUAUU